AUGUCAGACUGGGAUUCUACCACUGUUAUUGGCCAGAGAGUAAGAACCGGUGGCGGUGGCCCUAGACAACAGGUAGCGCGCACCCAGGGUGCUAUCAACGCUGCCAGAAGAUCUGGUAACGUGCUAUCCGUCGAUAAGAAAUACAGUUCCAGCAACGCCAAGGGUAACAACGAGGGCCAAAGACUGACAAAAGUAGACCGUGAAACGGACAUUGUCGUGCCUAAAAAGCUAGACGCUUCUGUUGGGAAAGCCAUCUCCAAGGCUCGUGGUGAGAAGUCUAUGACUCAGAAGGAUUUGGCCACCAAGAUCAACGAAAAGCCUACCGUCAUUAAUGACUACGAGGCCGGUCGUGCUAUUCCAAAUCAGCAGAUUCUAGCCAAGCUAGAGCGUGCCUUGGGAGUCAAGCUACGGGGUAAAGGCGUUGGAGAGCCUUUGGGUCCAAAGAAGAAGGCUUGA